ACCGUAGGUUGCAUCUUGGAGAGGAGGGAGAGAGGGCUGCCCUGAAGGCUUUGACACAAUAAGGAUUUACGCUUUAAAUUGUGUUGUAUCCAGUAUGGCUACAUGCAUGUUUUACACUAUCAAAAGCCGCUUGAUAUAAUAUUGCUAGAUUGUGUCAAUGUAUCAGUGUGGUAAAGAAGAACCAGACAUAUUUUCCGAGGGAAACCAAUACAAUGAACGUCAGUGUCUAACAGGGGUGGAGUAUUAUUAGCGAUUCAGACAGUGCAACUGUCUCUGGUACUUGUACGGCUUUUUCAACAUGGUGGGAAAAUAACUCAGAAUUUUGGUGUCUAAACAAUUUUAGGAAGAGAGAGAAAAAAGUGAAAGUUGGAGCAGGGCUAACAACCAUUCACCUGGUUCCCAUGCCGACUGCCCCAUCUCCUCCCUCUCAUAUCAUCCACUAUGCCUGCUACCCCCAAACCCCCUAAGAGACAAUCCCCACCACUGACAAGGAAUGGCUGCAAGGUGAUACCCACAACAACCGCCACCUCCACCGCCAAGAGACUGAACUCCAGCAAGCCCAGAGGAAAAGCCUUUGAGAGUCCACAGCCAACUUCAGAGCCACCCCGAAGAUCCACAACCAGGACCCAGGCCCAGCCAGCCAGAAGCCCAGGGAGGAGUGGGCUUGGUAGGCUUGGCGGUCAGGGUCCGGGGGCAUCUCCUGGUAGGGUUAACCAUGCCCCUGUGGGUAUAACAGGAUCAGUGAGGCUAAGGAGCUGGGGUAAUCCUCUGCUCCAGCAUGGUGUGGGAGAGGAGCCCCCUGGGCGCAGGAUAUCCUUAAGGGGCAUUGGGGGCGCCAAGCAGUUUCCUCCCCUGGCAAUAAAGCCUAGAACACGAGGGAAGACAGCAAGGGGGAGGGGAGGGAGGGGAGCGGUGGGUCAGAGAGGGAGCAAGAGCGGGAUUGAGCAAGGAUCUGAGGAGUCUGACACUGUUAGUAUAGACCCAAGUGAGAUUAACCAAGGGAAUAAUGUAGUUGGCCAUGUUGGUAAGGGCAAACCUCCUAACCUGAGGACUGAACUUGAUGAAACUACCUGUGUUGACCAGCAGGAGCUGGGAGUCGGCCAUGCUAGUGAGGGCAAACCUUGUAGCCUGAGGACUGAUGAUUCGGCUAGUGAUGACAAACAGGAAGAGUUAGUUGCCCAUAAUGGUGAAACGGUUGGGACUGACUCAUACGAUAAGCCUGUCAGCCAUAGUGGUGAGGGCAACCACUAUGAGCUCGAUGAGCCCACCAGUGUUGACCAACAACAGGAAAAGCUAAUCAACAAUAUUGCUGAGGGUAAUUCUUUCAACCUGAACCAUGAGCUUGGUGACUCUACCAGUGAUGACCGGCAGGAAGAGUCAGUUGGCCCUAAAUGUGAAUACAACGCCAAGAUUAACCUCGGAGCUGAGCAGAUUGAGAUGGAGCAAAGAGAGAGAAAUAUCCAUGCAGGAGAGCAGAGAGGAGGGGAGAGUUUGGAGAAGGAAGGAGAGGAAACGGUGAAGCAGGAAUAUGAGAGCGAUGAAGAAAAGAAGGAAGCAGACAGUAAGCAGAGAGUGGAGAGAGUCAAGGUGAAUGAGAUGGAGGAAAGAAAAGAGAAAAACGAGAGACAGAAGGAGGGAGAGGUUAUCAGCAGACCUUCAGACACAAGCACCAUUAUGUCUGUAGCUCAGCCCCAAAAGCCUAUUCCACAGGAUGACGCGUUGAUGAUGCAAUCACCUGUCCAUGCCUCACCUGUCUCUGAACCAGCUACCUCAGAUCUGGCAUCACCCCCUCUCCUUCAUCUGCCCUCUCCGCCUCACCCCACAGUGUCACAUGGUAUGAAGGUUCUGAACAAAGGUGUGAAACCAAUCCAACCUACCCAAACUGUGGAAAUCCAUAAACCUUUAAAAGGCCCAACUACUUGCCAUGAGACAGCACAGGCGAGCCCAAUGCAUCCAGUAUCACUAAGUUUCUCAGUUGCCUUCCUUAGUGAACCCCACAAGCCCCUGUGUGUAACCCCAGCGAAACCAGCACCCAGUCAGAGCCUAGAGAUCCCUAUCUCUCUGGAGGCUAGACAACUUCUCAGACCAGUGGACGAAGAGACCAAAGAGUCAUCCAAUCACAGUAACACAAAUUAUAUGUCAUCUUCAUCAUCUGCAUCAUCUUCGUCACACCUGAACACAAACGCGGAGGUCCCCACCACUUUGUCUCAAUCAAACACCAACGUUAACAUCACUGUGUCUGUACCAGUGCCAAAGAACCACAACAACUACCCAGAAGAGCCACCAUCAUCAUCAUCACUCCCAUUCACAAAAAUAGACCUCUUCACCACUGGAUCUGCACCUGACAAAGACACAGUGUGUGUCUCUGUAUCUGACCUAGGUUCUGUACCAAAGACUCACAACAAGAACAACCAAGACGAGCCACCACCAUCAUUCCCAUACACAAACACUGGAUCUGAACCAAACACAGACAUUGCAUCGGUCUCUGUAUCUGAUCUGGGUUCAGUGCCGAAGACCUCCUCCAUCCCUAACCAGGAGAGUUCUACCUCCAAGUUCUCAUGCAGCUCAGAGAGCACCCAAUCGUCCUACUCCUUUGACACAGAGUCAGAGCAAGGCUAUGGGGCCCCUAGCCCCCCUGGACACCCUAGCCUGGGCUCGAGACCCCUGGAGGAGGGCACAUCUCUGCCCCGACCCCCACAAGUCAACCAGAGGAGGGAGAGGAAAAAGAGGAGUAGUUGUGGAGGGUGUGAGCCGUGCCUGAGGAAGAUCAACUGUGGCCAGUGUAGCUGCUGUCUGAACCGCAGGACUGGACACCAGAUCUGUAAGCUGAGGAAGUGUAUGGAGCUGAGGAAGAGGAGGCCCAUGUCACUGCUCGCACUAACAUCUGCUCAGGUGGCGUGCAAGGACGUGGCCAAAGGAGCGUUAAAGAAACCCGUUUCCACGGUGGUUCCAGAGGGCGUCACAAUAAAUGGCAGAAGCCCUGUCCAGAUGGUAAAGGAAACCUAUACGGCAGAGGAGGAGUGUCACAUACCUCCCACACACCCCCAGACACACCCUCACACACACCCUCCCCACGCCCACACUCUCACCCCAAUCCUAGAUGGCCGACCAGCAGUACUUAUCAAGAGAGAGCGAGGUCUGGAGGACACCAACGAUGCACUUCUUCUGCAACACCACUACUCUUCAUCUUUUCACAAUAGUGCUGACGAAAACCUGUAUAAAACCAACGGUGCUCCAGUGUCACCAGAUUCCCAAAAGACUACAAGACAAUUAGAGUCCCAAAGGACUACAAAAACCACAUACCCCAAAGGCAGCUCUGAGCCCAAUGAUGCACUUCCGGAUGACACCAUGACCGUUCCUCUGAAGAAGAUAAAGUUGGAGGAGUCGUGGGUGUGGUCUACGGAGCAGUCCUCCACCCUACUAGGGGGCAAUGAUGACGAUGUCUAUGUGGACGCUCUGUCCACACUAGCAGCAGUUGUGUGUUUCUCUAUCACAGAUAGGAAGGGGCUGGAGGACAAGCUGUUUAGUUCCCGUUCCCCGGUGCUACACUCGUUAAAAACAGAGCCGGAGGACUUUAAGGUAGACCUACUCCUGAGAAGCACUCCCAUCAGUCCACGGAAAGCUCUUGACAUUAUUGUCAAACGAGAGCAACCCUCUCCAGAUCUCUCUCUGCCAAGCAUCCAGUCGUUGGUGCAAGAGAGGAAUAUUAGCAAUGACCAAGCUAUUGCUAUCGAGGCGCUAACCUUACUGGCAUCUAUCCCCCAAAACCCCCCAGAACCCUUUAGAAUGGACGCACAUGGUCAAAACCCCACCACAUCUUCCAAGCACUUAUCCAGUAGAAACACCUCUCUCCAGGAUGUCAAACCCCCAACAGGUUUCCUCCCCAACAAAGUUCUAGUCAUCAGCUCCCCUCUGCACCAGACCUCAGUCAUACGCUCCCCUCUGCACCAGACCUCAGUCAUCAGGUCCCCGGUGGCCAGACAGAGUCUUGUCAUCCAGUGUCAUUCCCGUAGUCCCGCAGCCACUGGCAAGCUGUCCCUACAGGACCUGCUAGAAGCCAGCUCGGACUGUGGCAGACUUCCCUACGACAGCACGGAGAGAGCAGGACAACACCUGUACAGGAGAGCAGACCAAGACCUUGGUUCUCACCAUAACAGGUCCGAAGGCACUUUCAGAGAGCGGAAAGACAUGGAGAGGAAUAGUAAGGAAACAACAGAGAGGACGGUGGGUAAGAGCGGGAGGAACAGGGAUGAGGAAGAGGUGGCGGCUCAACUGGCCGAGUUGGCAUUCAUCAUCCAAUCACGUCACAAGCAGCAGGGUUUCCAACCCUCCCAGCACUCUGAGAACAACCCUCCCAGAGGAACGCCAGUCUCGGCCAUCAAGUACAACUACAAUUCCCAGCAUGCACCACCCAACAACAAGAAAAUCCCUGUGAGGAAACCAAGUUCCACACCUUCCAAACCUAGGAAGAAGAAGGGGAUGGAAGGGGUUGAAGAGGAGGGCUACAACCCCAACAACAAGAUCCCCAUGUCCAAAAGGACACCCAAUGGCAAGACCCCCCACAGAGCCAGGGUCCAGAAGGUUCUGCCCCAGCCGAAGACAUUGUCGCUCAGCCACAAGAGGAGCCUGUUCCUUCCUCAGAUUCAAAUGGAUCUAAAGAGAUACCUGGCUGAGGCUCAGGAGGAACAACGGCAGCUCUUUUACUACAGCAACAGCCACAGUGGGGUCAAAUACCACAAAACCUCUGGAGCCGUCAAUCGUGGUCACGGUUAUGGUCAUGACAACCAACAGUGGUCGCAUUUGAACGGUCACCACAAUGGUCCUCUGAACGGUCACCUGGACCCUUUACAAGGACAAGGAGUUGGACAGGGACAUGAGUGUGAAAGACGAUUGUAUUCUCAGGUAUCGCAGCCCUACGUUUGGCAGCAGCACGGUGCUAACCUAAAGGCUAGCUCCACCAACCCCAGUUUCACCAGUUUAGACUCUAACAACCACAGAACUGGGUUGAACCAUAGUUUACCCAACGGCUACUCCUCUGGGGGUCAACGGCAGGGGUAUUACAAGGUGGAGAGGUCUGGUCCGGUCACCAUCUUGUCCACGUCAACUGAUGGCGCUUUGGACCUAUCAGAGGAGUUGACGCCAACCAAACACAACGUAAACAGCUUCCUGGAAUCGCCCCUCAUAUUCCUGGACACGCCCACUAAGAACCUGCUCAACACCCCCUCUAAGAAACUCUCUGAGAUCCCCUCCUGUGGCUGCAUGGAGCAAAUCAUAGAGAAGGAGGAGGGUCCGUACUACACUCAUCUUGGUGCUGGACCCAGUGUGUCAGCCGUCAGAGAGAUGAUGGAGAACAGGUAUGGAGAGAAAGGGAAGGCAGUAAGGCUGGAGGUGGUGGUGUACACUGGGAAAGAAGGACGCAGUUCCCAGGGUUGUCCCAUCGCCAAGUGGGUGAUCCGUCGGGGCAGUGAGGAGGAGAAGCUGCUGUGUCUGGUGAGACACCGGGCAGGGCACCGCUGUGAGAGUGCCGUGGUGGUGAUCCUCAUCCUGGCAUGGGAGGGCAUCCCCCGGGGCGUGGCUGACAGUCUGUACCAAGAACUCACUCAGACCCUCUGUAAAUACGGCUCCCCCACCAGUCGACGCUGUGCCCUCAACGAGGAUCGGACGUGUGCGUGCCAGGGUUUGGACCCAGACACUUGUGGCGCCUCAUUCUCCUUUGGCUGCUCCUGGAGUAUGUACUUCAACGGCUGCAAGUUCGCCCGCAGCAAGAUCCCCCGAAAGUACCGCCUGCUGGGAGAUAUGCCACAGGAGGAGGAGAAGCUGGAGAAUCGGCUGCAGAACCUGGCUACAGACCUGGGUCCUGUCUACCAGAGACUGGCCCCGGAGGCUUUCCAAAACCAGGUGGAUCAGGAGCAGGCGGGCCAGGACUGCAGGCUGGGUCGGAGGGCGGGCCGACCUUUCUCCGGGGUCACGGCGUGUGUGGAUUUCUGUGCCCACGCUCACAAAGACACACACAACAUGAACAAUGGCAGCACUGUGGUUUGCACUUUAACCAAGGAGGACAACCGUGCGGUGCGUAAUGUCCCUGAGGACGAACAGCUCCACGUCCUGCCCCUUUAUAAGAUCUCACAGAGGGAUGAGUUUGGCAGUGCCAAUGGCCAGUGGGCCAAGAUCCAGACUGGGGCCCUGCAGGUGCUCUCAGCCUUCCCCAGAGAGGUGCGUCUGCUGGCUGAGCCGGUGAAAUCAGCCCGUAAGAGGAAGCAGGAGGCCAAGCUGAAGGCCCAGGCUGACAAACAAGCAACAGCUCAGGACAGGAAGCCUGGACAGAGUCCACUAACCCCGGGCAAGGUCAAGACUGCCAACAAAGGUUUGAAAAGUGCUUCUUCAGCAGAUCAGUCCCCCUUGUUCAAAAGAGAGCCUCAGUCCUUCAGCUCUUACAGACCAGGAAAUGUGGGUGCGUAUGUACCAGACUCUAACUCCCCUAGCGCUUACAACCACAGCACCCCCACCUACCCCACUCUUCCUGGAAGAUCAACACCAGGGAUGGAGUCUCUUUCCCCCCAUCGCCCCGGCCUGCCUGCCCCCCAGUACAGAGGGACACCAAGGACCCAGAGCAAUGGUUCCCCAUUCCAUUACAAGACAAUGGAAGAGGCUGUGGCUGUGAAUGGUUACUCCCCAGGACUCAGCAGAAAGCAGCUGGUGGACCCUGACACAUGUCGGACCCCCCCAGGAAUGCCCCGGGGUGGCGACUACUCCCCCAGGAUUUUUAAAACGGAGCCCAACAAGGUGCACUGCUCCCCUCUCCUCAGACCCCCUCACAGCCACAGCACUCCUCCUCCCUCCUCCUCCACCCACACCCACCCAGAGGGCCUCCACAGCAGACUCAAUGGGCUCCUCAGGGCGAAGGCGGAGCUGGGAGUCAAGGACGGGGUUAGAGGUCAUGUAGGUCAUGUUAUUCCUCACAGUGCCCCCCAUCCUCCUCAUCAGGCCCCUUCCCCUCUCUUUCCCAAUCCAAAAGAGGUCAAACAGGAACAGGAAGAGGUGUGGUCGGACAGCGAGCACAACUUCCUGGACAGUGAUAUCGGCGGGGUGGCGGUGGCUCCCUCCCACGGUUCCAUCCUGAUCGAAUGUGCCCGCCGAGAGCUCCAUGCCACCACACCCAUCCUCCGGCCCGACCGCAGCCACCCCACCCGCAUCUCCCUGGUCUUCUACCAGCACAAGUCCCUCAAUGAGCCCGACCACGGCCUGCACAUGUGGGAGGCCAAGAAGGCCCGGAGGGAGCGGGAGAGAGAGGAGGAGGCUGAGAGGCUGAGGAUGGGCCUAGACCUGGAAGAGGUUAGCCCGGUCAAGGGGAAGAGGGGGAAUGGGGCCGGCAGUGAGAGUGUGGAGCCUGAGGAGGAGGUAGAGGAGGGGGGCCCGGAGGAGAAGAAGGGUGUGUUGACAGUUCCUACCCGGAAGGCGGUGACUGUCCCGCGGGAUGGGGUGGUCACUGUUUCCCCUUAUGCUCUGACACAGGUCACGGGCCCUUACAACCGCUGGACAUGAGAUGAUACUGUUAUGUACACACACAGACACAUACAACAAAUACAUUUGAACACACAUCACCCUGUGCUACUGCCUUACCUCAAUCAACAUUACACUUCUAGUCUCGUUAUGUGUUAUUUCAUUGUGUUACUUUUUCUAAUGUAUGUCUGUUUAUUUUUAUUUCUCUUUGUCUCUGCUUUCAAAGUGAUGAGGAAGACUAUCAUUUGUGGGGUUUUAACUGUGAGUUUUGGUAUUUGAUGAUAAAACAUUUUGAUCUGGUUUUUCAUGUAAAGAGAUGGUGCUCAGAACCAAUUUUUUAAACUGGUUUUAUAUAGGAAUUGAUUAAGAAGAACAAACAAGAUGUGAUUAUUUAUUCUGAUUAUUUUUGUACUUUUUUUGGUGCAAGGCUAUUUACUGCAAUUUUACUGUCAACCAGCAUUUUACACUAGUAAACACUCAUGUUAAGUCUCUGAGGUCUUUGUUUCAACCAAGAGUGCUCUUUUCACAAGAUGAGUUUUAUCAAUGAUUGAUUUAUAUAAUGGUGCCAUUUGUAGCAGCAACUUUUGAUAAACAGACCACAUAUUACACAGUAUGUAGUUUUAUGUGAAAAUAAUGAACACAUGUAGCAUGGUGCUUUUCCUUCCCUUCCCUGUUCCUCUAUUAGUGGUCAUGAAGGAACAGUACUUCCCCGUUCCUCUAUUAGUGGUCAUGAAGGAACAGUUCUUCCCCGUUCCUCUAUUAGUGGUCAUGAAGGAACAGUACUUCCCCGUUCCUCUAUUAGUGGUCAUGAAGGAACAGUACUUCCCCGUUCCUCUAUUAGUGGUCAUGAAGGAACAGUACUUCCCCGUUCCUCUAUUAGUGGUCAUGAAGGAACAGUACUUCCCCGUUCCUCUAUUAGUGGUCAUGAAGGAACAGUACUUCCCCGUUCCUCUAUUAGUGGUCAUGAAGGAACAGUACUUCCCCGUUCCUCUGUUAGUGGUCAUGAAGGAACAGUACUUCCCCGUUCCUCUAUUAGUGGUCAUGAAGGAACAGUACUUCCCCGUUCCUCUAUUAGUGGUCAUGAAGGAACAGUACUUCCCCGUUCCUCUAUUAGUGGUCAUGAAGGAACAGUACUUCCCCGUUCCUCUAUUAGUGGUCAUGACGGAACAGUACUUCCCCGUUCCUCUAUUAGUGGUCAUGAAGGAACAGUACUUCCCCGUUCCUCUAUUAGUGGUCAUGACGGAACAGUACUUCCCCGUUCCUCUAUUAGUGGUCAUGAAGGAACAGUACUUCCCAGUUCCUCUAUUAGUGUUCAUGAAGGAACAGUACUACCUUCGUUUUUGUUUUUGUCUGGAUAGAUUUAAUCUUUUUUUUUCAGUGUACAUAUAUGAUGACAUAUUGAAAAAGCACUUUUUUAUUUUUCAUAACUUGAAAAAGGUCCUGUUCCAAUAUGUAUAGAUCGAGAGAUAUAUCAGACAGCUCGUGUGAAACCUCUUCUCUUCUUUAUUCAGUAGUUCUGUGUGUAUUUGUUGUUGUUUAUUGUUGUUGUAGAAUGAUAAAUUACAUAUCUGUCUCACACAAAACCAAGCUUACUAAGCAAUUAUGAAAUGCUGCAUAUAAAGAUUGUGUCAGAUUAUGGUGCUUAUUAUUGUCAACCGCACUUGAUUUAUAUGAAUCUGGAUAAUCAUGUUUGUUCACUGUCUGGACUUCUAGAGUGUUUUAAAUAGGACAUGUUUUUAUACAGACAUAGCUAAAAAGACCACAUAAAACCUGUUGAAAUUGUGACUAUAUUACUGUAUAUUUGUUACUGGUGCUAACAAGAUCUGUACCCUCUUUUUAACUGACUCGGGCAUUGAUGGACAGUUAUGUUUUUCUAUAUGCUGGGUAUAAAUACAUUAUACAAGUGGA